AUGCAAUCCAUUAUCAAAAAUGCGUUUGAUAAAGUAUCAGUUAUUAAGGACGUAGUUGGGAAUUCUAUUGAAGAAGCUGUGAAAAACAACACUAGAGAUGCUUCUUAUGUAUUUAACUCAGGAUCUUCAAUAUCCACUAGUAUUGUUAAUUGGGCAGAGAAAAAUCACGUUUCUGAAAAAGCCAACAAUAUUAAGUCAAGUGCAAGUAUGCUUGUUGGGGAUUUAGCGACCGGCUUAAAAGGUAUGACAAGCAAUAUCUCAAUUCAGAACAAUUUUAUCUCGGAAAAAUCAUAUCAACAAGAUAAAUCGUACCAAGAAAAGAACGAGUAUGAUUAUUUUUCUGGAGAAUUUGACACAAUCGAUAAUAUUGAUAAGUUUUAUGAUGAUAAUAAUAGCUUUUCUCAAGUUAUUAAUAAUUCAAAAAGCACAUAUGGAGAGACGCGUCAAACAGAAUAUGUUUUUACAGAUGAAACGAAUAAUUCUGAAACCCCACCGAUUUGUAGCUUGAAUCUAAACGAUAAUUCGGAUGAAGUGUGUGCUAUGCUUGGAGAUUCAAAUAUUCAACCUGAUGGUUUGAGUUUUAAUGAAAUAAUUAAUGAGCCAACACAAAAUGAAAAGAUUUUGACAGGCGACGUUAAAUCAAAUAUUGAUUGCAACUUACUAGAUCUUGACAACUCUAGCUCUGAAAAUUUACAAGAUGAGCUAAGUUUUUCUAACAGUGAGAAAAAACAUGAGAAGAAAACUAACUCUUUGACUUCUCAAUCAGCAAUACCUGAAAAUUUAAUCGAAAUUUCAAAUGCCAAACACGAAUAUAAUUUUAAGAAUGAUCCUAGCAUAUACAGUCGUAAUAUAUCGAGUAUUGAGCCACAGGAAACCCCUCAAGAAGUUAAUUCAGAAACCAGAAAUUAUUUAAACAGCGAAUCGGAUGAAAAUUCGAAUAACUCACAAUUAAAUCCACUAACUGUUUUUCAAAAAAUUUCCAAGCUUGAAGACAAAAAUAAUUCACUGGAAAAUGAACUGGAAAAAAUGAAAAGUGAAUCAAUUGAACUUAAAGAAAAAGUUAAUAUGAAAACAAGAAUAAUAAAUUCGAUUAAUUCCAAACUUUCUAAAUUAGAAAUUGAAAAAAAAUCAAUGGCCAGCUAUAUUAACGAACUUGAGAAUUCAAAAACCCAAUAUAAAUUAAAAAUAGAUGAGUUACAAAAUCUCAAUCUGAAUUUAAAACUAAAUGAAGACGCUAAUAAGGAACUAUCAAAUACGAUUAAGUCUCUACAAGAGAAAAUAGUAGAACUUGAAAAUGCAUUGGCUAUUGGCGAAGCAAAUAGGAUUGAAUCUCUGAAAACUUAUCAAAAUGAGAUUUCAGAACUUCGGCUAAAAUUAUCUAAUUUAAAAGAUAUAGAAGGUAAUAAUUACAAGCCUUAUAUUACUAGAAUAAGUACAUUGGAACAUCAACUCAGCGAAUUAAGAAGAAGGCAUUCAAAUGAACUCCAACGAUUCGAAAUGAUAAUAGACAACUUAAAAAAAAAAUCAGCCAAAGAUAGAAGUGAAAACGAAAUAUUGGAAAACAAAUUAAAAGAAGUAAAUGAAGUUCACAGAGAUAUGAUCGAAAAAUAUGACAUUCGAAUUUCUCAAUACAAAUAUAUCGUUGAUCAUAUUGAAAAUAACAAAGUAUCCAAUGAAAACGUUACAAAGAAAUCAAUUGAUGCCAAUAAAUAUUUUAAACUUUCUGUCUGUAACGGUGUUAAUGAAUUGAUCAUUGGGGACAAGCAUGUUAAUGAUGGAAAAGUAAUUUAUAAUCAGCAAGAAUUGCCAUAUUUGAUUCCAUCAAUUUUAUCCAACUCUAAUUGCGCAAGUCAGCUUGCAAUAAUAAAUCCUUUACAAGAAGAAAUUAAGCAAGUCCUACAUGAUAAAAAACUAUUGGAAGACGAAUACUUUAGUGUUUAUGAAAAAAACAAGCAAAUUAAGCAGGAGCUAAUGGAAGAAAAACAACGAAACAAACUUUUACAACAACAGUUGGAUAGUAUGUUCAAAUUAGUUAAUGACUUGAGUGUUAAACUUGAUGAAUCUAAAAAAUCUUAA